GUUGACGAGGGAGCUCUCCAUUGUGGCACCUGCCUGCUGAUGUCCUCCAGGCCAUCACCCUCAGCCUCAGACACCCCUGUUUGUCAAAGUUCAAAUCUAAAUCCUCACACCACCAUUGCCACCCACAACGUGACUGUAGUCUAUGUAAUGUUUGUCACUGAAUCCUGCUCUCUUUGGCCACUGAAUUUUUUCCUUGGGCACUUAUUUUCCACACUGGUGACCUUCCAGGCUGUCUUCCUUCUAGAGCUCAUGGCCCUCUCCAGUGGUUCCAGGGUGAUGCUCUUAUGGAGGCAUAGGAGCAAUGGCUAUGCCACCAUCAGCCCUUUGGUGCUAAUCAGUAAUGAAAAAUGAAUAAUCAAGUUCUUAAAAUCCAAUGGGAGGAAGGACAAUAAAUGCUAA